AUGAUGAAUUGCAGUAUGAGAUGUUCCAUCAGAUGGAACAGCUCCAAAUACAAUUGGAGUACCGUCGGAAAGGACUCCAGAUACGAUGAAAUUGGCGGUAGUGGACAUUUUCAAAGAAAGAGGAACAAGAAGAAAGAUGAAGAGCUUGAAAAAGAGGUGAAGAAAAUCCUGCUGAAGAUGAUGGGCGGCUCCCGAGGAGCUCUAAGGACCUGCGUCUCCGUCUGA